AUGUGUCUUUUGGGUCGGGUUCAUGAAUAUAAGUGGCAAGACCGUUUGAAUGUUUCUAAAGGCACUCAUGAUUUGCCUGAUUCUUUCAAUAUUAACUCAGAGAUAACGUGCACCGUACCUGCAUUAGACGACAACGUAAAUUCUUCGUGUUCACCCGAUACAUCAGUAAGCUACAAUGAACGAUGCAACUUCUCUUGUCCGACUGGUUAUAACCUAAUUGGUCCAUCGUCUGUUAACUGCACGGGCUCAGGAAAUUUCUCGGAACCGUUUCCUGAGUGUGUGGAGAUAACGUGCACCGUACCUGCAUUAGACGACAACGUAAAUUCUUCGUGUUCACCCGAUACAUCAGUAAGCUACAAUGAACGAUGCAACUUCUCUUGUCCGACUGGUUAUAACCUAAUUGGUCCAUCGUCUGUUAACUGCACGGGCUCAGGAAAUUUCUCGGAACCGUUUCCUGAGUGUGUGGAGAUAACGUGCACCGUACCUGCAUUAGACGACAACGUAAAUUCUUCGUGUUCACCCGAUACAUCAGUAAGCUACAAAGAACGAUGCAACUUCUCUUGUCCGACUGGUUAUAACCUAAUUGGUCCAUCGUCUGUUAACUGCACGGGCUCAGGAAAUUUCUCGGAACCGUUUCCUGAGUGUGUGGAGAUAACGUGCACCGUACCUGCAUUAGACGACAACGUAAAUUCUUCGUGUUCACCCGAUACAUCAGUAAGCUACAAUGAACGAUGCAACUUCUCUUGUCCGACUGGUUAUAACCUAAUUGGUCCAUCGUCUGUUAACUGCACGGGCUCAGGAAAUUUCUCGGAACCGUUUCCUGAGUGUGUGGAGAUAACGUGCACCGUACCUGCAUUAGACGACAACGUAAAUUCUUCGUGUUCACCCGAUACAUCAGUAAGCUACAAUGAACGAUGCAACUUCUCUUGUCCGACUGGUUAUAACCUAAUUGGUCCAUCGUCUGUUAACUGCACGGGCUCAGGAAAUUUUUCGGAACCGUUUCCUGAGUGUGUGGUAAUAACGUGCACCGUACCUUCAUUGGAAAAAAACGUAUCUUCUUCGUGUUCAACCGGUACAUCAGUAAGCUACAAUGGCCUAUGCAGUUUCUCUUGUCCGACUGGCUUUUACCUAAUAGGUGCGUCGAAUGUUACCUGCACGAGCUCAGGAGGUUUUUCGCAAAUGUUUCCUCGCUGUGAGGUACCUGCCUCAGACGUUUGUUUCAGUAACAAGCAAACAUAUAAUUGUAGCUGCACAUCUCCUCCCGUGACAUUACCACCAAAACCUACAUUCUGUGGUAAGUAUAUUCUACAAUCGACUGAGAUUUUUGCAAAGAUUAAAAUGUUGUCUCCCCGAGAAUCGAAACCGGUUCUGGUUAAGAACGCCAGUGCCUCACUAGGCUUUGAUAACAGGCUAGUGGUUUCUGGGACUACAUAUUCAAACCGACAGUUUUGCCAAAUCUUUAACCUCUCAUGCAUGUUAUUUCCUUUCUUCUAG